GCGACACAGCUGCAACAGCGACGUGAAGCUGAAACAGUCACCGGACAAUAUUUAUGUGAACCAGAAAAAGAUGGUUGCAUUAAAAAAAAAUAUUAAUCAAUAUAUAAUGAUGUAACGCAUCCAACUCAGAUACUUUACACAGAGAGGGUCAUGCGUGAGAGGAUACAAUGAAAGCUGAAACCGACUCGUCUGUGCACAGCGACCCCAAAAAAACCCAUGAGUGUUGCGCAAACAAACUUCUUUGACUCCCUCAAGAUGGAUGAAAUUAUGGAUUCUCAAAGAAGUGUGAUUGGUGAGCUCAAGUCAGAGACGAGUGAUGUUCCACAAACAAAUGUAACGGAUGAAAAAGAAGAGCCAUUUUGUGGACAGCAAAAGUACGACACCACUAAUGACACCAAUAAGACAUCAGAGAACACACAAGAUGAAGUAGCAUCUCAGAAUUUAAUGGACUGUGGGUCUUCAGGACAGCUGGAUGCAUGUGGCUUCUCUGGCAGUAGAUGUAACGUGGCUCAUACACAGUGUUCUAAUGGACAGAAAUCCAAGAGACCCAGUUCACCUGGCCCCCAUCCUGUGAAAACAACCUGUGUAGAUGUACACUCUACAAAUCCCAGACUCACCCUCUGUCUUAGUAAUAGUCCCAAAAAGGGUGUCGACACACCCAACGAUGUUGAGAUGCUGAGUCCGGAGAGUCCCAUCUGUAAAACCGUGCUCAUCAACAGUAAGGAUCAUGGUGACAGUGCUUGUGCAGAGGACUCUAGAAUAGCAAAGGCUCAGGUAGAUGAAUCACAGUCUUUUGUCAACGACUCUGACUCUGGAUAUUCAGCCAAAGAAAGGACUCAUAUGGUUUCCAUGGGGACUGAGGAAGCAGAGUGCAGUAGCUCAUCUAAUAUAAGUAUUUCAUCCACAUUGCAAAGCAUGGACAAAAGAUGGUUUGGAACCCCCAUAGAUGAGCUGAACAGAAUGCCCCAAUGUGCCCCUCCAUUAUCUCACCUGAAAGCAAUGCCUAACCACACUGUCACAGUCAGGACAGAUCUCCUCAGAGAGGGAGAGGUUCCUGUCCCAUACCCUACCAAGUUCAAAGAUGCAUGGGAUGAUGUGUCGGUGAAGAUGCCCUGCUCUGAGAAGAACCUGUUUCCUAUGGAGACUGAGGAUGGAGGUGGUGUCCAGAGUCGCUGGGAUCUGAUCCACACUGCCUUGCAGAGAGGGUUCAAAAGUUCUCUGGAUGUGAGGGAUGCAAUAUUGAGGUACAACACUACACAUGCAAAGAAGUGGGACUUCACUGCCCUGAACCUUCUUUGCACAGAGUAUCUCGAGCACUGCGAGGUGCAACACCUGUUUGAGGUCAUUUUACCUGCUAUGGUUGACCUGGCACUCAGUGCUCCUCAUCUUUGCACUAUGCCAAUCCCCCUGCUGAAGUCAAGGAUGAACCAUUCCCUCACUCUGUCUCAGGAUCAAAUAGCCUGUCUUCUGGCCAACGCCUUCUUCUGCACAUUCCCCCGACGCAACUCCCGCAAGUCGGAGUACUGUAAUUAUCCUGAGAUCAAUUUUUACAGGUUAUUUGAAGGUUCAUCUCCGAGAAAAAUUGAGAAAUUGAAAACCCUGCUGUCUUACUUCAGGAGAGUUACACAGAGCAGGCCAAAGGGUCUUGUUACAUUCACAAGACAAACAUUGAACAAUCCACCGAACUGGGAAAGCUGUCAGACUCGGCUGACACGACUACAUAUCACUUGUGAGGGGACGAUUGAAGAUGAUGGAUACGGGAUGUUGCAGGUGGACUUUGCAAAUAGGUUUGUAGGUGGAGGUGUAACAGGACAUGGACUUGUCCAGGAAGAAAUCAGGUUCCUCAUCAACUCUGAACUCAUUGUCUCUCGUCUCUUUACGGAAGCUUUGGAACAUAAUGAAUGCCUCAUCAUCACAGGCACUGAACAGUACAGUAAAUAUUCCGGUUAUGCGGAGAGUUACAAAUGGAAGGAUAACCACAAGGAUGAAACUCCCAGGGACGAGUGGCAGAGACGGUGCACAGAGAUUGUGGCCAUUGACGCUCUUAAAUACAGGCAUUUCUUAGAGCAGUUUUUCCCCGAGAAGAUGACCAGAGAGCUUAACAAGGCAUACUGCGGAUUUUCCAGAAGUAGCGCCAACAGCAAGCACCUUUCUGCUGUGGCCACAGGCAACUGGGGCUGUGGAGCUUUUGGUGGAGAUACACGACUAAAAGCACUGAUUCAGUUGAUGGCUGCAUCAGAGGCAGGGAGAGAUGUGGCUUAUUUCACAUUUGGAGAUGCCCAACUUAUGAGAGACGUCCAUGAAAUGCACACUUUCCUCACCAAGAGACAGGUCACAGUUGGACGGUUAUACAGGCUUUUGAACCAGUACUCGAGUGUGGUGUGUAAGAACUGCCGCACAACUCGACCCGACGUCAGCCUCUACAGUUUUAUCUGCGAGAAGGUCUCUUCCGCCGCGUCAGCCGACGCCUCGUACUCUGCCAAGAACUCUGGGAUGUCGCCUGAAACAUCGGACUUUCACUAACACGGGGGAAAGGUGCACCUUAACAUCCUCUCACCUGUCUUUCUGCGUAAUAGAGACUCCACGUUCAAAGACCUCAAUGUGCUCUCAGUCUUGUGCUUACAAUCACUUUUUCCUGUCUCUCUUACACACAUACACUCCCUUUAAG